GGACAAACUGGAGGAAAGGUUUCAGCGUGACACCGCUACGGCGUCUCAAAGGCUCAAACUUCUCCCGUCGGCGCUGAACGCGAUUGUUUUUACAUGUCAAAGAUGUCUGCGACCAGGUACCGUCGCUUCCUAAAGCUGUGUGAAGAGUGGCCCCGAGAUGAGGGCAAGAGGGGCCGGGAUUUGGGGACUUUCCUGCGACAGAAAGUCGCGUCUGCCUUUCGAGAGGGCGAAAACACACAGAUUUCAGACCCAGAGAAGUGUGACCAGAUGUAUGAAAGUUUGGCUCGCAUCAACAGCAACUAUUACAGACAACGAUUCCCUCGCGUGAGAGACACAAGCUUUACUGGAGUUACGGCAGAAGAAUGUAAAGUGCUCCUGUCAGGGAAUAUGCAACAAAUGGAUGAGCACAAAAAGGGUUUGUGGAAGACGUUAAUGGAGAGAUUCUCCAAAUCACCGGAAGAUGCGCCAGAAAAGAGUCAAGAAAAAUAACUUAUUUAUCCUCUUAUGUGUAAAGAAAUAAAGUUUAUUGUUGGUAUCUGGA